UUACCCCGGGCUGCUCAUCGUGCCGCAGAGCAUCCAGGACAACACCAUCCAGCGCAUCUCCCGCUGUUACCGCCAGAACCGCUUCCCUGUGGUGUGCUGGCGCAACUCCCGCACCAAAGCCGUGCUGCUGCGUUCGGGGGGGCUGCAUGGGAAAGGUGUCGUGGGCCUCUUCAAGUCACAGAACGCUCCCACUGCAGGCCCCUCGCAGACGGACUCCACCAGUUUGGAGCAGGAGAAAUACCUGCAGGCUGUCAUCAAUUCCAUGCCCCACUAUGCCGACGCCGGCGGGCGUAACACGCUCAGUGGCUUCACCUCUGCUCACAUGAGCAGUGCAGAUUUCUCCGACAAGAGGCAGCCUAAGCUGGGAUCGCUCAUGAAGCAGGUGAUGGGAGGGAAGGACGAAGGGCCCGGUACUAUUAGCCGUGGAGGGCUGGGUCACAGAGCCAGGGUCAUCACCCUGUCCACCCCCAAGUGCGUGUCGCCGAAGGGCCGCGAGUCGCCCCGAGGCAAAUGGGGCAGCAUCCGGGCCAGUGGGCGUAUGAGCAGCUAUGCCCUGAACGUGGAGAUCGGCUCACGGCUGGCUGGGAAGGACCUGCUGGGUGCCCAGCACAAUGGCGCGCCCGCCGAGGCCAGCUUCCUGCGUCAGCACCGCGCCUCGCUCUACAUCAUCGGGGACAAGUCGCAGCUGAAGGGGGUGAAGCCAGACCCGCUGCAGCACUGGGAGGUGGUGCCCAUCGAGGUGUUUGACGUGCGGCAGGUGAAGGCCAGCUUCAAGAAGCUGAUGAAGGCCUGUGUGCCUGGCUGCCCCUCCACAGACCCCAACGUCGCCUACCUGCGCUCCCUGGAGGAGUCUGAGUGGCUCUCACAGAUCCAUAAGAUCCUGCAGAUUUCAGUGCUGGUGGUGGAGCUCCUGGACACGGGUUCCUCUGUGCUUGUCAGCCUGGAGGACGGCUGGGACAUCACCACACAG